CGCACGUGACAGCUGUCAUUAGUUGGUAAAAAAUACGUUAUUUUAGCCGGCCGGUGAAUGAUGGCCUCACAGACGUCAUUACCAGGUACUAUACGUAAACUGGAUGAGGUGGUUGUGAAUAGAAUAGCCGCAGGAGAAGUGAUCCAGAGACCAGCUAACGCACUGAAGGAAAUGAUAGAAAAUUGUCUGGAUGCUAAAGCCACCAAUAUUCAGGUAACAGUGAAGCAAGGAGGACUGAAGCUGUUACAGAUUCAGGACAAUGGCACAGGUAUCAGGAAAGAAGACAUGUCUAUUGUUUGUGAAAGGUUUACAACAAGCAAACUUCAAUCUUUUGAUGAUCUCAACUCCAUCGCGACUUAUGGAUUUCGGGGAGAAGCCUUAGCGAGUAUUAGCCAUGUGGCCCACGUAACUAUAACAACAAGAACAGCUGAUUCUAAAUGUGCCUUCCGAGCUCAGUUUAUUGAUGGGAAGCUAAAGGAAGCAGUGAAGCCAUGUGCAGGAAACAUUGGAACUCAGAUUACGGUUGAGGAUUUAUUUUACAACAUAAACACACGAAGAAAAGCACUGAAAAGUCCAUCAGAAGAGCAUGCCAAGGUCUCAGAAGUUGUCAGCAGGUAUGCUGUUCACAAUAGUCGAGUUGGAUUUACUUUAAAGAAGUAUGGGGAAAGUUCUGCUGAUGUUCGGACCCCUCCAAAUUCAUCAGCUGUCCACAACAUCCGUACCAUAUAUGGACCGUCCAUUGCAAAGGAGCUGGUGGAAAUUGAACACGAGGACAGCAGGCUGUGUUUUAAAGUCCAUGGAUUUGUGACAAAUGCUAAUUAUUCUACAAAGAAGUGUACAAUGCUUCUCUUCAUAAAUCAUCGCUUGGUGGAUUCCACUGCCUUGCGGAAGUCCCUGGACACAGUAUAUCAGGCCUAUCUGCCAAAGAACUCCCAUCCAUUUAUGUACCUCAGCUUGGAGAUCGCCCCUCAGAAUGUCGAUGUGAAUGUUCAUCCUACAAAACAUGAAGUUCAUUUUCUGCAUGAGGAUGCCAUUAUAGAAAGUGUACAGACAGCUGUGGAGGCAAAACUGCUGGGGUCCAACUCAUCUCGAACCUUCUACACUCAGGCCCUGCUUCCUGGUGUGUCCUUCACAGAAGAUGACAAGGCCUCAUCAUCAGGAUCUGGAGAUAAGACAUAUGCGCAUCACAUGGUGAGGACUGACAGUAAGGAACAAAAACUUGACACUUUCCUUAGAGCACCAACCACUCAGGGAGCUGGAUCCAGUAACCAAGUAUCAACAACCAACAGGGAGGGAAGAGCAGACAGGAAUGAAGAUAAUUCAGCAAUAGAGGUUUUUAUUGACAAAGAGCAAACUACAAGUUCAAAAGAGGAUACUGAGCCAAAAACACAACAAAAACAGCGUCAAAUAAAGCUGUCCAGUGUACUCUCCCUUCAGCAGACUGUAAAAGAUGACGCCCAUAAAGGUCUGACUGAAAUGUUCCGCAAUCACAAGUUUGUUGGUUGUGUCAAUGAGGAAUUUUCUUUAAUACAACAUCAGACAAUGUUGUUUUUAGUGAACACAACAACAGUUAGUAAAGAGCUAUUCUACCAAAUCCUUCUUUUUGACUUUGGUAACUUUGGAAACCUGAGGCUUUCGGAACCAGCACCUAUAUAUGAACUGGCUAUGCUUGCCCUUGACCUUGAGGAAAGUGGUUGGAUUGAGGCUGAUGGCCCUAAAGAGGAUCUAGCGACCUACAUUGUGGACUUUCUCUCCAGUAAACGGGAGAUGUUAGAAGAUUACUUCUCCAUGGAAAUAGACCAGAAUGGUAACCUGUGUACCGUGCCGAUGUUGUUAGAGAACUUUGUGCCUGAUAUGGAUGGCCUACCUAUGUAUAUACUUCGCCUUGCAACAGAGGUUGACUGGGAUGUUGAAAAGAUUUGUUUUGAGAGUUUUGCCAGAGAAACCAGCAAUUUCUACUGUGUGAAGAAAAGUUUAUUUGUUCCGACCACAGAAAGCGUGGACAAGUAUAAAUGGUGUACAGAACAUGUGUUGUAUCCAGCCCUCAGAACAUCAAUUUUACCGCCAUCUUCUUUGGCAAACGACUCAAGUAUCCUACAGAUUGCUAACCUGCCUGACCUGUAUAAAGUGUUUGAGAGAUGUUGAUUUGUUCUGCCCAUGAGAGAUGUUGCUUUGUUCUGACCAUGAGAGAUGUUGAUUUGUUCUGCCCAUGAGAGAUGUUGAUUUGUUCUGCCCAUGAGAGAUGUUGAUUUGUUCUGCCCAUGAGAGAUGUUGAUUUGUUCUGCCCAUGAGAGAUGUUGAUUUGUUCUGCCCAUGAGAGAUGUUGAUUUGUUCUGCCCAUGAGAGAUGUUGAUUUGUUCUGCCCAUGAGAGAUGUUGAUUUGUUCUGCCCAUGAGAGAUGUUGAUUUGUUCUGCCCAUGAGAGAUGUUGCUAUGUUCCGCCCAUGAGAGAUGUUGAUUUGUUCUGUCCAUGAGAGAUGUUGAUUUGUUCAGCCCAUGAGAGAUGUUGAUUUAUUCUGCCCAUGAGAGAUGUUGCUAUGUUCCGCCCAUGAGAGAUGUUGAUUUGUUCUGCCCAUGAGAGAUGUUGAUUUGUUCUGCCCAUGAGAGAUGUUGAUUUGUUCUGCCCAUGAGAGAUGUUGCUUUGUUCUGACCAUGAGAGAUGUUGAUUUGUUCUGCCCAUGAGAGAUGUUGAUUUGUUCUGCCCAUGAGAGAUGUUGAUUUGUUCUGCCCAUGAGAGAUGUUGAUUUGUUCUGCCCAUGAGAGAUGUUGAUUUGUUCUGCCCAUGAGAGAUGUUGCUAUGUUCCGCCCAUGAGAGAUGUUGAUUUGUUCUGCCCAUGAGAGAUGUUGAUUUGUUCUGCCCAUGAGAGAUGUUGAUUUAUUCUGCCCAUGAGAGAUGUUGCUAUGUUCAGCCCAUGAGAGAUGUUGAUUUGUUCUGCCCAUGAGAGAUGUUGAUUUGUUCAGCCCAUGAGAGAUGUUGAUUUGUUCUGCCCAUGAGAGAUGUUGAUUUGUUCUGUCCAUGAGAGAUGUUGAUUUGUUCUGCCCAUGAGAGAUGUUGAUUUGUUCUGCCCAAGACUUUCAGUGAAUUUAAAGAAACGUGUAAUUAACCAUGUUGAUUGUAAAUUCUUGUUAUGGUACUCGAGAGCACACUGAUAAAGAAAUGAAUGGUAUAGACCUGUCUGCAUUAGGACAAUUGACUUGUGUUUAUGUCUACAGAAGGACGAUAGUCCUGUGUUUAUGUCUACAGAAGGACGAUGGACCUGUGUUUAUGUCUACAGAAGGAAGAUAGACCUGUGUUUAUGCCUUCAGAAGGACGAUGGACCUGUGUUUAUGUCUACAGAAGGACGAUGGACCUGUGUUUAUGUCUACAGAAGGACGAUAGACCUGUGUUUAUGUCUACAGAUGGAAGAUUGUCCUGUGUUUAUGUCUACAGAAGGAUGAUGGACCUGUGUUUAUGUCUACAGAUGGAAGAUAGUCCUGUGUUUAUGUCUACAGAAGGAAGAUAGACCUGUGUUUAUGUCUACAGAAGGAAGAUAGACCUGUGUUUAUGUCUACAGAAGGAAGAUAGUCCUGUGUUUAUGUCUACAGAAGGAAGAUAGUCCUGUGUUAAUGUCUACAGAAGGACGAUACAUGUGUUUAUGUCUACAGAAGGAAGAUAGACCUAUGUUUAUGUCUACAGAAGGAAGAUAGUCUUGUGUUUAUGUCUACAGAAGGAUGAUAGAUAUGUGUUUAUGUCUACAGAAUGAAGAUAGUCCUGUGUUUAUGUCUACAGAAGGACGAUAGUCCUGUGUUUAUGUCUACAGAAGGACGAUGGACCUGUGUUUAUGUCUACAGAAGGAAGAUGGACCUGUGUUUAUGUCUAUAGAGGGACGAUAGUCCUGUGUUUAUGUCUACAGAAGGAAGAUAGACCUGUGUUUAUGCCUUCAGAAGGACGAUGGACCUGUGUUUAUGUCUACAGAAGGAUGAUGGACCUGUGUUUAUGUCUACAGAUGGAAGAUAGUCCUGUGUUUAUGUCUACAGAAGGAAGAUAUACCUGUGUUUAUGUCUACAGAAGGAAGAUAGACCUGUGUUUAUGUCUACAGAAGGAAGAUAGUCCUGUGUUAAUGUCUACAGAAGGACGAUACAUGUGUUUAUGUCUACAGAAGGAAGAUAGACCUGUGUUUAUGUCUACAGAAGGAAGAUAGACCUGUGUUUAUGUCUACAGAAGGAAGAUAGUCCUGUGUUUAUGUCUACAGAAGGAAGAUAGUCAUGUGUUUAUGUCUACAGAAGGAUGAUAGUCAUGUGUUUAUGUCUACAGAAGGAAGAUAGACCUGUGUUUAUGUCUACAGAUGAUAGUCCUGUGUUUAUGUCUACAGAAGGAAGAUAGACCUGUGUUUAUGUCUACAGAAGGAAGAUAGUCCUGUGUUUAUGUCUACAGAAGGAAGAUAGUCCUGUGUUUAUGUCUACAGAAGGAAGAUAGUCAUGUGUUUAUGUCUACAGAAGGAUGAUAGUCAUGUGUUUAUGUCUACAGAAGGAAGAUAGACCUGUGUUUAUGUCUACAGAUGAUAGUCCUGUGUUUAUGUCUACAGAAGGAAGAUAGUCCUGUGUUUAUGUCUACAGAAGGAAGAUAGUCCUGUGUUUAUGUCUACAGAAGGAAGAUAGUCCUGUGUUUAUGUCUACAGAAGGAAGAUAGUCCUGUGUUUAUGUCUACAGAAGGACGAUAGUCCUGUGUUUAUGUCUACAGAAGGACGAUGGACCUGUGUUUAUGUCUACAGAUGAUAGUCUGUAAAUGGAAACUGUUAACACAAAGGAUUUUUCUUAAUUCAUCAAGGAUCGGUUAAUUCUUGAAAGGUUGAGAAUAAUCAUGAAAGUGCUGUAGAAUUCCUGUAGUAAGAUCACCAGAACAUUUAAUACUAGUUAUUCCAAAAUCAGUCAGAUAUGAGAAGAAUAGAGAGAAGGUUGAUUUCUAAAAUCAAGGACUGUCAGGAAAUACAAGAAUCUGUCCGUUUGUAACACAUUGAUAAAUACUACAGCUGAUG